AUGUCUGGACGAGGUAAAGGUGGCAAAGGACUGGGUAAAGGUGGCGCAAAGCGUCAUCGCAAAGUGCUCCGCGAUAAUAUCCAAGGCAUUACAAAGCCUGCCAUUCGCCGUCUAGCCCGUCGAGGUGGGGUGAAGCGAAUUUCUGGCUUGAUCUACGAAGAGACUCGUGGUGUUCUCAAGGUGUUUCUUGAGAAUGUUAUCCGCGAUGCUGUUACUUACACCGAGCACGCCAAGAGGAAGACCGUAACUGCUAUGGACGUUGUAUACGCUUUGAAGAGACAGGGUCGUACGCUGUAUGGCUUUGGAGGUUAA